AUGGUUUCAAACAAUAUCAAGGGACCAAUGUUUCUCUUACUCACUGGAUCUGGCAUUGUGGGGAACAUCUUUGUCUCUGUGACUUACGUGUGCAUUUUCUUUGGAGACACUAAAAAGAAAUCUAUACAUGUAAUUCUCAUCCACUUGGCUUUUACAAAUAUCCUAAUUCUUUUUUCCAAGCUCAUGCUAAAAACAAUACAAACUUUUGGGUUGAUACCUUUCCCAGAUGAUCGAGGCCUCUCGAUCUCCAUCAGCAGCUUCCUCACUGUGGUCCAGGCAGCCACCAUCAGCCCCAGAGCCCCCCCGUGCACCAUUUUCAAGCCAGCAUCCACAUGGCGUAUCCUUCCCUUUUUCCUCUUCUUUUGGAUACUCAGUUCCUUGGUCAGCGUGAACUUACUCUAUUACAUCAGAAACAUCAACAGCCUAAACAGAUCACGAACUGGUGCAAGUGAUGGCUCUUGUUUCCUACCAGCAAGCCAGACAAUGAAGUGGAUUUUUCUCAUUCUCAUGGCCCUGCGAGAUUUCCUGUUUCUGAGUCUCAUGGGCUGGGCCACUGUCUACAUGGUACAUGUUCUCCACAAGCACCACAAGCAUGCCCACUACCUGCGGAGAUCCAAGGUUCUCUACCAGAACCCCCCUGAGGAGGAUUGCUCAUAUGAGAAUUGCAGUAUAAAAAUUACUACACAUUGUGGCGAUUUUGAAAAAUCAUGAACUAGUAUCCAGCAAAUAGACUAUUUUUUGCUGGCUUUGUGAAAAUAUUCUAGAGGGUUCUGCCAUACAAGAGGAUGCUAUUGAGCUUAUGAAAG